AUGGAGAGCGGUACUUGGGCGUCGUGGAAGCUUCAAGUUGUUCCUUCAGAGUUUGUCUCGCAGUUUGCGAAUAUCGACUACCGAUACUGCUUCGAAGUCGGAUCCAACACGCAAUUUCUUCGUGUCAGCCGAGUCGUUUUCCAAACCGUUCUUUCGCCUUGGAAUCAAUACAAUAUCCCCGAAACGCAAAAUUGA